AUGACUCAUGUGAUGGCUCAAGCUAAUGAGGCUUUGCUGGUUAAUCAAGAAGGUAAUCAGAAUGAGAAUGGGGAAGAUGAUGAGUUUCAAGGACUAGAAAAAUCCCAAAAUAAUAAUCCUUUCACGUUUAAUGGAAGGUAUGAUCCUGAUGGUGCACAUGCUUGGAUUCAAGAGAUUGAGAAGAUUUUCAGGGUCAUGGCAUCUGAUGUUUCUAACCUUACGGAGAUUGAAUUGUUAAAGUUGAAGCAAGGUAACAUGUCUAUGGUUGACUAUGCGGCCAAAUUUGAGGAACUAUACAGGUAUUAUCCUCACUAUAAGGGUUUGGAUUUUGAAUGUUCCAAAUGUCCGAAGUUUGUAAAUGGUAUGCGCUCCGAGAUUAAGCUGUUUAUUGGAUAUCAGGAGAUUUGUCAUUUCUCGGUGUUGAUUAAUACGUGCAUGAUUCCUGAUAAAGACACUAGGGCAAGAUCUAUUUAG